AUGCUUCGGCUGUGGAAGAUCUCUCGCAACCAUGGCCCAAUCACCUCAGUUCUAGCUUCUAGCGCGGCUAGUCCAGCCGGUCGCGGCGCCAACGGCAGUGUCGAGGAAGAAGAAAGCAGCAAAAUUUUCUGGGACCUCUGGCAAAAAGCCGUAGACAACCUUGACGACGACAAGAGAUCGGCGCUGAAACUCAAUCUCGACGAGCACGGCCAAGUCCAGCCCUGCAUCACAAACGUCAUCCAAGACAUGGUUACAGGCGUCGAGUCGUCUUUUGACGAGUAUAGAAAUGGUGGGCUGAAGAUCGAGGACUACGAUGCAAAAGUCCUGCUGAGCGUGCGCGAGAAUGAAAAAGGAACCCUCAGGUUUGCCCUGCGGUCCAAGGCCAUCAUAGACUCAGGCGUCAAGUUCGACCCCACCAAAUACUAA